AUGGUAGCUUGGGCAGCUUUAGGCGCAAUGGGAACAAAAGCAUUAGCAUUUGGAGCAAAAGCACUUGGAGCUUAUGACGCAGUAAAUAAAAUGAGUGGAGGAAGGUUUUCGAAGACAUUAGAUGCAAAUAAAGGGAAGAUUGGAGGCUGGGUUGCAAAGAAGUUAAGAUUAAAUAAAAUAGGGCUCAUAAAUAAAGCAUCCAAUUUGGUUGCGACUGAGUCAGAAAAUGCUUUAGGAAAGGACGAUGAGUUUGCAAAACACGCAAAAGACUUUAAUGACCAGAUGAAAGGUGAAACAAUGCAUUUAAAUAGAGUCGAUGGAACUAAAGAAAAUGUUUCUUCUCCACCAGUAGUUCUUCCGUAUG